GGGGAUCUUUCUUUCUCUCAAAAAAAGAAAGGAAAAAAGGGCAACGGGAGGAUCGAGAAGGGGCGAGGGUGGUUGUUUGGACGGAGUUGGGGACUAUCGAUCGAUCGAUCGGAGGCGGGGCGGCGGGAUGACGCGGGGGAAGCAGAAGAUCGACGCGCAGCGGAAGAGCGCGGAGAAGAACCAGAAGUCCAAGGGGUCGCAGCUCGAGGCCCGCGCCGUCGGCCUCAAGGUCGUCUGCCCCAUCUGCAAGUCUCAGCUGGCCAACGAGAAGCAGUUGAUUGAUCACUAUGGAUCAAAGCAUCCCAAGGAGAAACCUCCAGGUCCAUCAAAUGCAGAGUGACUGAUGCGAGGCGGAAGCAUGAGCUAUACUUUGACUGUUUCUGAGGGUUUUUCAAUCUGCUCCACACUCGGACGACUUGAGCCUCAGCUUUACCCUAUGUAAUGCAUGCAUUUCCCCUUGUUCCAGGCAAGAACCUUGAUGAGCAUGUAUUUGCCUUAUAUGAGUAUCUUGUCAAACUGUCAGCAUACCUUCAAACUGUAUGUGGUACAAUCUUUGGAUAAGAGAAUGCUAAACUUUCCGAUUAUGGCAUUCUCCUGUUGCGUGAUUUGCUGUCUAGAGAGCUGAAAAA